ACGUCCACGCUCCGCACCCCGAGCUGUCAUCAUUUUACCGGGAGAGACGAAGGGCAUCCUGGAUACCCGGCCGAGAGGGGAGCCGCUGUAACUCGUUUAUCGAGUGGACAAAUAAACCAGUGGACAGUGGAUGUUUGAUUCCUUCCUCUCUGAUCUGGGACUGACCCUGCUGGAGUGAUUAUUUUUUUUUAAUCUGUUCUUCGUUCUGAGGUUGAGGACGUCCGGCCCGUCGGCCUGACCACCGCCACCGUGUGUGUGACAUUUUAAGGACUGCUAAUGCAUCGUUUAAGGACUUGUGCGGCGCGAUUGCGUCCGCUAACUGCCUCACAGGCGGCUCAGACUGUCGGCCAGCAACGGCCAAUCACAGUCGCCUCCACAGGUGGCUCAAGGACGUUUCAGCCAAUCAGGUGCUACACUGCACCUGUGGCCUCUGAGCCGUUCCUGAACGGGACGAGCUCUAACUACGUGGAGGAGAUGUACUACGCUUGGUUGGAGGACCCCAAGAGUGUUCACAAGUCGUGGGAUGUAUUUUUCAGGAAUGCUAACGCCGGUGCUCCUCCGGGUGCAGCGUACCAGUCUCCUCUGGGUCUGGCUUCAGCUCCUCAGCUCUCCUCUCUGGUCGGAGCUCAGCCCAACGUGGAGAAGCUGGUGGAGGAUCACCUGGCUGUCCAGUCCCUCAUCAGGGCCUACCAGAUCCGGGGGCACCAUGUGGCCCAGUUGGACCCCCUCGGCAUCAUGGACGCUGACUUGGACUCGUGUGUCCCCACUGACAUUAUCACCUCCUCCGACAAGCUGGGCUUCUACGGUCUGGAUGAGUCGGACCUUGAUAAGGUGUUCCGGCUGCCCACCACCACCUUCAUCGGCGGCUCAGAGAGCGCCCUGCCGCUGAAGGAGAUCAUCCGCCGAUUGGAGAUGGCGUACUGUCAGCACAUCGGCGUGGAGUUCAUGUUCAUCAACGACCUGGAGCAGUGUCAGUGGAUCAGACAGAAGUUUGAGACUCCAGGAGUGAUGCAGUUCACUCUGGAGGAGAAGAGGACGCUGCUGGCCCGCAUGGUCCGCUCCACCAGGUUUGAGGAGUUCCUGCAGAAGAAGUGGUCUGCAGAGAAACGUUUCGGUCUGGAGGGCUGCGAGUCUCUGAUCCCGGCUCUGAAGACCAUCAUCGAUAAAUCCUCUGAGAACGGCGUGGAGAACGUCAUCAUGGGCAUGCCUCACAGGGGUCGUCUGAAUGUUUUGGCCAACGUGAUCCGUAAAGAGCUGGAGCAGAUUUUCUGUCAGUUCGACUCCAAACUGGAAGCUGCUGACGAGGGCUCUGGUGAUGUGAAGUACCAUCUGGGAAUGUACCAUCGUCGUAUCAACCGUGUGACAGACAGAAACAUCACCCUGUCUCUGAUGGCGAACCCGUCUCACCUGGAGGCCGUGGAUCCCGUGGUGCAAGGAAAGACCAAAGCUGAGCAGUUCUACUGCGGAGACAACGACGGCAACCGGGUGAUGUCCGUCCUGCUCCAUGGAGACGCAGCGUUUGCCGGUCAGGGCAUCGUCUACGAAACCUUCCAUCUGUCUGACCUGCCGUCAUACACCACACACGGCACCGUGCACGUCGUCGUCAACAACCAGAUCGGGUUCACCACAGACCCUCGUGUGGCUCGCUCGUCUCCGUAUCCGACUGACGUCGCUCGAGUCGUCAACGCUCCCAUCUUCCACGUCAACGCAGACGACCCCGAGGCUGUCAUCUACGUCUGCAAGGUCGCCGCCGAGUGGAGGGCCACGUUCCACAAAGACGUGGUGGUCGACCUGGUGUGUUACCGUCGUAUGGGUCACAACGAGAUGGAUGAGCCGAUGUUCACUCAGCCGCUGAUGUACAAACAGAUCAAGAAGCAGAAGCCGGUUCUGCAGAAAUACGCAGAGAAGCUGAUCGCAGAGGGAGCCGUCAGCAGGCAGGAGUACGAGGAGGAGAUCGCCAAAUACGAUAAGAUCUGUGAGGAGGCGCAUGCUCGCUCCAAAGACGAGAAAAUCCUCCACAUCAAGCACUGGCUGGACUCCCCAUGGCCCGGUUUUUUCACUCUGGACGGUCAGCCCAAGUCCAUGAGCUGCCCCUCCACUGGUCUGACUGAAGAGAGCCUGAACCACAUCGGACAGGUGGCCUCGUCUGUACCUGUGGAGGACUUCACCAUCCACGGAGGUCUGAGUCGUAUCCUGAAGGGUCGGGCUGAGAUGGUUCGUAACCGGACCGUUGACUGGGCUCUGGGAGAGUACAUGGCCUUCGGGUCUCUGCUGAAGGAGGGAACUCACAUCAGGCUGUCGGGACAGGACGUGGAGCGAGGAACGUUCAGCCACCGUCAUCACGUCCUCCACGAUCAGAACGUGGACAAGAGGAUCUGUAUCCCCAUGAACCACAUCGCUCCUGACCAGGCGCCGUACACCGUCUGCAACAGCUCUCUGUCUGAGUACGGCUGCCUCGGUUUUGAGCUGGGUUUUGCGAUGGCGAGUCCGAACGCUCUGGUUCUGUGGGAGGCUCAGUUUGGAGAUUUCCACAACACGGCUCAGUGCAUCAUCGACCAGUUCAUCUGCCCCGGUCAGGCCAAGUGGGUCCGCCAGAACGGCAUCGUGCUGCUGCUGCCGCACGGCAUGGAGGGCAUGGGCCCAGAACAUUCUUCAGCUCGUCCAGAGAGAUUCCUCCAGAUGUGCAACGACGACCCCGACGUCAUGCCGGCCCUCACUGAUGACUUUGCAGUCCGUCAGCUCUACGACUGUAACUGGAUUGUGGUGAACUGUGCUUCUCCUGGAAACUACUUCCACGUCCUCAGACGACAGAUCCUCCUGCCGUUCAGGAAGCCUCUGAUCGUCUUCACCCCCAAAUCUCUGCUGCGUCACCCCGAGGCCAGAUCCAGCUUUGACGAGAUGCUGCCUGGAACUCACUUCCAGAGGUUGAUCCCUGAAGGAGGCUCUGCUGCCCAGCGUCCAGAGGAGGUGAAGAGGCUGAUUUUCUGCACAGGGAAGGUUUACUAUGAGCUGACCAAAGAGAGGAAGAACAGAGGCAUGGAGGACAUUGUGGCCAUCGCACGCGUGGAGCAGCUGUCUCCGUUCCCCUUCGAUCAGGUGAAGGCGGAGUCUGAGCGUUUCCACAACGCCGACCUGGUGUGGUGUCAGGAGGAGCACAAGAACCAGGGUUACUAUGACUACGUGAAGCCCCGCAUCAGGACCACCAUCCAGAGAGCCAAACCUGUGUGGUACGCUGGCAGGGGGCCGGCAGCAGCUCCGGCUACAGGAAACAAAAACACUCACCUGAUGGAGCUGCGACGUUUCCUGGACAACGCCUUCGGCCUCGACGCGUUCAAAGAUCAGGAGUAAAGCCGCGACUUCUGACCCCUGACCUGCAACAUCUGGAUCAAACUCUCACCUGUCUGACCUUUGACCCCCCUCUCCCAACUCUACCGGAUUCAGUUGUGACACGCGCACAAAAACAAACAUUAUAUCUCAUCGUAGAGUUUGCAAACAUUACAUGAUAUUAAACUGCACAAUCUGCUAAUACUCCACAGAGACGUCAGCCUCUUUAGUACACAGUGCAUCCAAACUACAAACAGAUUAUCAACAAGUCUGCUUUUAUUUAAUGUAUUCCAAUCAGGUUAUUUAUAAAUCUGCUUUUAUUUCAGCAGAUUUUAAACUAGAAAAAAUAAGAUUUUCUGACAAAACAACAUUUUCUGCCUUAUAAACAGCAGAUGCAAACGUUCUUCUGUUGUUUCUCUUAAGUGCAGUUCUCUGUGCACUCGAUGAAUUCUGUCAAAUGUGAAGGUUCAAACUGAAGAGGUCUGUCUGAUUAAAAUAUUGACAGUUUCCUCAUUUUCAUUUCACCAGAUGAAUGAACCAAACGUCAGAGAACACGCAGAAAACAUGUUCAGAUCUUCUUUUACCAGCAGUCAGAUUCAGAAAUGAAGUUUAUUCUGUUUCUGCAGAAACUAAUCCGCCUCCCUGCAUCAUUAAACGCGCCCUCUUGUGCGUGAUGAUGUUGGGGAAACGUUUGUUUGUGAUCGGCUGUUCAUGUACUUUAGGCCUUGUGAUAGUAUGUGGUCAGGCUGACGUUUGGACACAUACAGUUAACGCAGAAGUACCAUGUACUAUAAGUGCAUACUGAUGUUUGAAGUUAAAAUUCACUGUGUACUAUUGAACUACAAAAAUACUCUUGAGUUUAGCAUCAGUGCGGUUUGUCUCGGUAGCUCAGCGUCAGGCUCAACUCCACUGCAGCAACUUUUCGAGCAUCGAGUUUUCUCUUGAGGUUUUUCAAUGUUCAUCAGCGUCUGAGUGUCGCUGUGAAAGAAUAGACGGUUAAUUGAAAAUAAAUCAUCAAAUCCGAUAUGUGAGAGUACUCUUGUUGUUCUGGAAAUCACUGUCAUCGUAUCAAUAGAGAAAUGUGUGUAUUUAAAGCGUGAAGACUCGAGCUCUUUCAGCUGCUUUUGGACUUAAUUGCUGAUAAAAAAAAAUUGGCCAGAUUUAGAUGAUGUUGUGUUUUUUGAGGUUUCAGGUUUGAAAAACAACUGCAGCUAGACAAGAAAAUCCCCUGAAUUUACUCUGACUAUAAUCAGCGACAUUUUUAUUGAAGAUUGGUCUGAUUCAUGAAUUCUAGAUUUCAGUAGGUAACAGUUUUUUAAAAGCUCUGUGCUGCAGACGCGACUCAGUCUGUGGUGAAAAUGAGGCAACGAUUCAGAAACAGCAGAGACAUUAGAGGUGACGUCUGAGGCGAUGUUGCUAAAGAAUAGUUUCAAUCCAUUGAUGGAGCGGAGCCUGAUACUUAAGGUUGGAAACACACACACAUUCCUCCGUCCACACACACAUCUACGUAUCAGCAGGUCAGCAGUUCAGUCUACACUCACACACGCAGGAUCAUUACUCGAUAAUCAUCAUCUUCACCUGAAACGUUGCGGGAGAUCUUUUGUUUUCAUUUUUUAAUAAACGGCUCAUUAGCAUCGUUAGCACUCCCCGUGAAAAGCGAAUGGGAGGCGGGCUAGCUGUGGGAAAAGUUGGUGUCAUAACUGGAGUAUUGGAUUCAGUACAGCAGGUGGAGGGUUUUCUGCCUUUCAGCAGGUGUGUAAGCUCGUUAAGGUAAAGUCUGUAAUUAGUCACCACGGCAACGCUUAACUAGCACACUGAGAUUUUGUUGUUUAUCUUUGUUUCGAAGGGAUAUUUUGGGAGUAAAAAUGGCCGCGUUUUGCGCUAUCAGGCGUCCCUACAUGAACCGAAUGCACUGCUGAUUAUAAUUUAACCCCCCGGCUUCUGCCUCUCUUCUUCUCUUCUCCCUUACUCUCUCUCUCUCUCUCUCUCUCUCUCUGGAGCAUUUACCCCGUGCCAAAAUGGAUCGGAGCGUCUCAUGUUUUUAUUAUUUGACUCGCAGCUGAAUGAACUCUGUCAGCAGGAAACAAAAUCUCCUGGUUUGAAAAAAAUAGUAAAAACAAAACGACAACAGAAGAUUUGAAAAUAAAUCGGCUGCAGGUGGCAUUCUGGGCUUCUGUGAGACAAAGAAAAUGAUUUAUUUAUUUUCAUAAUAGGGGAUUGUAAUUCUCUUCAUUACUUUGCUUCAUUCAAUAAAGAAUCCUGUAUGUACUGAA